AUGGCUGAGAUAGAGACUGACAAAGGCUCUCGCCAUAAUGAUCAAGCAGUCAAGGCAGGGAUUGUCUUGGUGCCCCGGCCCAGUGACAGCCCCCAUGAUCCACUGUACCUGAUUCUGGCUGUGCUCUGUCUGGCUUCAUUCUCUGGCGCCAUUGCCCCCCUCUCCGGCCAGCUCAACCUCGUCCAGCAGGCCAAGAUCUAUGGCAAGACCAAGGUUCAAGAGUCGUAUGCUAAUUCGGCAGCUUUGGCCGGAAUGGCCUUUGGGCCCUUCUUCGUCGCCCCCGUCGCCCACCGACUGGGCCGCAGUUCGGUCAUCUUCUGGUGUAUCUUGUGUACCCUAAUCUGCCAGAUCUGGGCAGCUGUGAUGACGCACUCGGAUGACUAUAUCGCAUAUGUGAUGUCCCGACUGUUCGCAGGCUUCUUCGGCGCCGUGCCCACCGUGAUCGGCCCCCGAGUGAUCACCGAUCUACUAUUCCUGCACCAGCGCGGCCGCGCCUUCACAGCGCUGCACAUGUCAUUCCUAUUUGGCACCAUCGCCGGUCCAACCUUCUCAGCCUUCAUCUCCGCAGGCACUUUCUUCCCUGUCGAAUUCUGGUGGUCAGUCGGCCUGCUCGGCGCCACCGCCAUCCUCAUCCUGCUCUUCCUCGAAGAGACCGCAUUCGACCGCACCAACCCUGAAUCUAACAUCAUCCCCCCCUCCACCUGGCUCGCCAACCGCCGCGCGACUUUCUUCUUCGGCCAGAGCAUCAUCCGACCGACCUCAUGGUCCACGACCGCAAGAAUCGCCAUUGUGCCCGUCCUCAUCGGCCUCUGCCCGGUGACCCUGAUAAUGGGCACCUUCACCCUAAUCUCCUUCGGCUUCUACGUAGGCAUGAACGCCCUAGUUCCCGUCUGGCUGCAACGCUCACCCAGCGAAGGCGGAUACGGCUUCAGCCUGCGCCAAAACGCGGCCUUCACCUUCUGUCACUGGAUCGGGCUCAUCCUCGUUCAGCUAGCGGGCCACCAAUACAACGACCGACUACCCCUUCUCCUCGCGCGGCGCCUCUCCCACGGGGCUUGGAAACCCGAGUACAGACUGCACGUGCUGUGGAUCCCAUCCCUGAUCCUCAACCCAAUCGGCCUGGGCCUCUUCGGCGCCACCCUCCAGUACCAUCUGCACUACAUGGUGCUCGCGCUAGCCGUGUUCAUCGUCACCGUUGGCUCGCUGGCGAGCGUGCCCGUCACGGUUAACUAUGUCGUCGAGUGCUUCACGCGGUAUCCUGCUGAAGCGGGGAUCGUGGUCGGCGCGUAUCGCAUCGUGUAUGGAUUGACGAUCAGCUUCUAUAUCGAUCCGUGGGUUGAGGCUGUGGAUGUGGGCUGGGUGUAUGGCAUGAUGGCGUUUUUUGCGGUCUUCUCGUUCUUGUUUGUUGGGUUGUUGAUGUGGAAGGGCGAUGUCAUUAGAGGGUGGCAGGUUGCUAGUGUGGCUAGUAGUGAAGAGGGAGUGCAGGUCGAGGGUGAGGCUGGGGAGUGUGGAAAGGAGAGCGCAUGA